GAGGGAAUAUGGCUCCGAGGUUUUUCAUAAUGUCGGUCCGGAUAUGCUGUGUGUGAGCUUUCUAAACUUGGGUCCUAUUCUGAAGGGUUAGUUAGCCUACACUCCAAUCACACGAUUAUGCUUUGCAGAUGUUGUGCUCUAAUCAUUGAUGAACACUUUGGAAUCUCAGGGUUAAAGCCGUAUGUCUGAAAUUUAUAUUGCUAUCUUUCCAUGGAAGGGUAGGAUGAUGGGGCAGUUCAUGCAGAACCGGUCUCGUCGAUAUUCGAUUACCACAAAACAGUCGCCUUGACAAGCCGCUGGUCCACAAUCACACGAUUCAUUCUAAAUCUGUGUAUCUCAUCGUCCACGUGAGAAGAAGAAGAAGAAGAAGAAGAAGAAGAAAACAGCGUUGAUAGGUACUGCUCAAUUACGAGACCUGUGACAAAGCUCGAGAGAUUCCUUGCUCUGGAUAGUUAUCUUGCUCAAACCCGUCGAUGCACAGCGAGGUUGAAUGGAUCUGCCACCAGAGCCUGACGCCGUGUGGUCGUGCCACCAUGCAAACAAGCGAUGAGGAGACAUCGACUGGGUACUGGCUGUCGAUCGCCCUGGUGGUACAGUCGAACGGGGUUCCAGUGCUGUACAAAGGUUCCGUUAUCUGAGGGAGCUGUAGCGAACAAGUACUGGGUUCACCAGUUUUCACCCCUAGUAAUAGUAGUAGGUGAGGCGGGUGGUGUGAGACGGGAAAUGACCGUGGGGGUGGUCAGGAGAUCAAAACAAUCCUGUGACAGUCCGAUCGUAGACCACCACAUUGGCAUUUGUGCAGGGCGUGUACAAGUGUAAGUUUUGCUAGGUGGUGCCCCCAUUGUCAGAGCGUGGGACCGUCCAUGGCCAUGGGGCUCUAGGCCUAGCAAGCCUGUAUAAGGAGUGACAAGAAUUCACUUAAGACAGAACGCCUUCGACGUCAAGGUAUCCCUGCAAAUGUGUGCGUGCGUCUGCGCGUGUGUGGUUUUGUGUCGUUCAGAGAGCUGGAGGUCGGGAGAGAGAAGGCGAACUGAGCUUGUGCCAUGUCAUUGAAGAAGGAAGCCUAAAAUAUUUGAACAGUUUUCGAGCUUUGUACACGCCAUCACGUGCUGCAGGCUAUGGUCUGAUGUCCUGUAGUUUAGAAUUGCGGUGAUUCUCGUGUCUGGGUUCGGCAGCUCGAGUGGUUAGUCUCUUUGAGGUUAGUAUAGACCUCAAUGCUCUCAUUGCGACUAGCUGAGAAAAUCCUCAAACAACUGCCUCUUCUCGGAAGAGUUACGCUGAGGCUUUAGAUGUUGGUGUGGUUAGAAGAAUAAUCAGAGGAAUAGUAUUCAGAAGCUUGACCACCGAGGAAAUUUAAGCAAAGGUUGACGUUCACUGCAACUAGUCUUGAAAGUUCUGCAAAGUGAGGAUUAAGUUGAGCGCGUGUGAUGGCGGGGCAAUACUUCUACGAUCCCCGACCUUUUUACGGGAUCAACGGCCACAGUGGCCUGUUGCCCUUGGAUGAGGUAUUCCAUGGAAGGUACGAGCCUGUACCCUACUGGCUAGAUCAGCGAAUGACGUCUCUAUCCUUUGAGGAUAGUUACUACCCUAGCCAGAAACAAAUGAUGACCGCACCCCUAAGGCCAGAAAUGCAACAAUACAUCCACCGGGAGGAUAACCUCAUGGCGUACAAGAGGCCGGAGGUGAGGGACGACAUCUACACCGACAUGUACAAGCGGCCGCAGCAAAUGAUGAGGCCCGAGGUGCAAGAUGACAUAUACAUGGACAUGUACAGGCGCCCCCAGCAAUUACAUGCAGUGCCUAGUGGAUACCGCGUGUAUCCCGAGAUGAAGUUUCUUCGCGGACAGUCGCAAGAUGAUAUGUGGCUUCAUUUCAGAACUCCAAUGAGCGGAAAAUCUCAAAACCAGUUCACUGGCAGAGGUCUGGAGUCGCAGGGGAUGAUGGUUCGCAACGGUCCCGUGCAAUCGAGACAGUCAGAGGCGUCAAUGGGCCCAAUGCCUAGCAGAGAUAACGGCAGCGACCAGUACCGGCAUUCGGAGAUGACGAUGACCAGCCAGAUGAACAAAGGCCAGAACAAUGGCGGAGAACAAGUAUUGACUCGGCAGAUGGAGAUGCCAAUGAACAACAGACCCAAUAAUGGCAACAACAAUCAUAGCAACAAAUUGAUGAACAUGUCCAGCAACCAGGGCGGUAAUGAUCACAAGAGCUGGAACAACGGCGACGAGAAUUCGAGUAGAAAAUCCCAAGGACAAGGUGGCCAAUCUGUGCACUCGAAUGGAAACCAAGGCAACUUGAAGCAGCGCGGGUUCUCCCAGCAUGACCAGAGCGCGAACGACGACGACGACGACGACGAGUACGAAAUGGGAAGCACUGGCCGUAAGACAGGUUUCAACAACGGGGACAGUUUCCAGCACAAGGGAGAAAUGCAGCAGCACUCAAGCAACAAGAAUGUCGGCAACCAAAGCUACAGCUCACCGCAGACUCUAUCGAAGCCCAAAUCCUGCAGGCAAGGGCAAUGCGACACCCAGCAAGUUCACGAUCACAACCUUUCAGGCCAAAAACAAAGCAAGACGAGCCACAAGUCCCACCAAGACGGAUGGGACAGCUCGUCGGAUGACGACGAGAGCUACAAGUACACGAAAAAAGCCUCCAAAGGGCAGCACAAUCAAGGAACCACCAAUUUCCAACACAGCGGCCACGGCAAUGGCCAUGGAAACAAGGAACAAUUCAGCCUCCAGAACCACGGUCAGCAAGCCAAGCAAUCUGUUGUAAUUUUGUUGAUGCAGCAGUACAGCACCAAUCAAUCGAAAUGCGUGGAGCUCAAAGUUCCUAUUUGCUGCGACAAUUGCGAACGGAAAUUGAGGAAUGCCUUCGAAUACAUGGAUGGUGUAGAAAAUGUGCUGUGUGAUCAAUGGAGCAGGAAGGUGAUCGUCUAUGGUAACGUGACGGCCGACAGCGUGCUCAAGAAGGUGAGGCGAGUGAAGAAGGCUUCCGAGUUGUGGCAACAGCCGAAGCAACUACAGCACCAGAUCCGGGCAUACUAAGAAGCCCCACACGGAUUUCUCAACAUCAACCUCUGCGCCUCGAAAGCUCCGCCGUGUACAUAUACAUCAACAACCCACCAUCUCCGCUCCCCCCCCAAAAAAACCAUUAUAGUUUCCACGCUCGACAGUGGACAGGCGAGUGAAGGAAGGCUUUUCUCUCUGUAGCUGCGACAAGAAGUGAGAGCAGCAGCAGGUGCAACAACACCAGCAAAUAAAAAACGGAUCCGGCCUCACUUUUGAAGAACCCGGAAAUUCAAAAAAACUCCCACCCCGCCUCGGAAGCUCCGCCUGUGUACAUGCUUUAACCCCCUCCAGCUUCUCAGCUUUGAUUUCAUCAUAUUAGGUUACGUGCUUGAUGAGUUUUACACGAUUUGAGGAUUUUUUUGACAUCAUAUCCAGAACUCUCAUUUGUAUUUUAGUUUGUUUAGGAUGAGUUGUGGCCAUUAGUCUGAGAGAAGAAGAAAAAUAAUAAAACACAACAAAUCAAAAAAAAUUACAAAAUACAAAAUACAAAAAAACUACACAACAAAAGCUGCUUCGAAAAUUGUAUAGUCUUCAUCAAUAAUGGGGAGUCUCAGCAAACGCAGAUAAUAUUGUGAUUUCGUAGUUAGUUUAGAGUAGAGUUGGCACUUUAGAGCUGCCUGAUAUUCGACUGUUAGUAACAUAUAAAGUGGGCCUCCCCGCUGGCUUCAUGAGGCUCACAUUGAGCUACUGUUAUUAUUUGUUAGUUUGCACAGUUUGAGAAAUAACACCAAACAUCUGAAAAAAUCGGAAAUUACAUCUUCGCUUUAGCUUCAA